UGUGGACCACUGUGGAUGACACCAACCCACACACCCAAGUUGAAGGUAUAUAAGGGGCAGGCCGGAGAGACCAACGCAGUCUUGGACUGCCUCAGAGCAACAGGACCAAGGAUGGCCCAAAAGUUUCUUCUCAACUGGGUGCUUCCGGCACUCUGCCUCCUCCUGUUAGCUGUCUACGCCCAAGGUCUACAGGUGUGCCCAAGUCUCUCCUGCCCGACUCCCGCCGGCUUUUUUGCCCACCCAACGAACUGCGACAGCUUCGUGAAGUGUUCGCAAGGAGUCGUUACCAUCAAGCAGUGUCCGGAAGGCCUUGACUUCAACCCGGAAAUGAGGCGCUGCGACUAUCCCCGACUCGCGCAGUGCAACAUCACAGCGCGGCUUAUGGAGUCUGGAUGUUCUCUCAAGACCAGCAUCAAGCUGGACCUGUUCGACUCUUCAGAGUCGUCAGAGUCCUCAGGGUCCUCAGGGUCCUCAGGGUCCUCGGGGUCGUCAGUGGAGUGUGACUGUGACUGUUGCCUCAAACCCCACGAAGUGUGCACCAAAUACUACGAAUGUCUCCAGGACGGCGAAGCUGUUGUGAGGGAGUGUUCAGAUGGGCUGGUAUUCAAUCCCGACAUUGAGAACUGCGACUUCCCGAGCAACUACCAGUGUCCUACGACCCCGCCCGUGUGUGAGUGUGACUGUCGCUACCCCGUGGAGGGAGAAUGCAACGCUUUCUACGAUUGCAAGGACGGAGAGCCAGAGAAGAAAUACUGCCCUGACGGUCUCUUCUUCAACCCUGAAACCAAUGUCUGCGGCCUGCACUGCCAUCAAACCACGCCGCGCCCUCCAACAACCACCACCACCACCACCACCACCACCACACCUGAACCAACCACCACUACCACAACCACUCCUGAACCAACCACCACCACUACCACCACAACCACUCCUGAACCAACCACCACCACCACCACCACCACCACGACCACUCCUGAACCAACCACCACCACUACCACCACAACCACUCCUGAACCAACCACCACCACCACCACAACCACUCCUGAACCAACCACCACCACCACAACCACUCCUGAACCAACCACCACCACCACUACCACGACCACUCCUGAACCAACCACCACCACCACCACGACCACUCCUGAACCAACCACUACCACCACCACCACCACCACUCCUGAACCAACCACCACCACAACUACUCCUGAGCCUACUACCACCACCACCACCACAACCACUCCUGAACCAACCACCACCACCACGACCACUCCUGAACCAACCACCACCACCACCACCACGACCACUCCUGAGCCUACUACCACCACCACCACCACAACCACUCCUGAACCAACCACCACCACUACGACCACUCCUGAGCCUACCACCACCACCACGACCACUCCUGAGCCUACUACCACCACCACCACGACCACUCCUGAACCUACCACCACCACAACAACAACAACCACACCUCCACCUCCUCCUCCUACAACACCCACCACUACCACUACUACAACCACACCACCUCCUCCUCCUCCUACCACCACAACCACUCCUAAAACAACAACCACUACUACAACACCUCCUCCUCCGCCUCCAACCACCACCAAGGCCCCAGUCACAACACCAGGUGGCUCUGAGUGUGACAUUACUUGCCCCACUCCGCAAGGACUUUUCCCACACCCUCAGAAUUGCAACAAAUGGGUACACUGUGACCAUAACAUCCCUUACGUGAAGGACUGCCCCGCUGACUUACACUUCAACCCAACACUGAAGGUAUGCGACUGGCAACAAUCAGCGGGUUGCACCUCUAGGCCGAACGACAACUGUGUGAUACCCACCCCCGUCCCGACCACGCCGGCCCCCAAUGCCACGGAACCUACCCCCAAUCCCCUCUGUGACUGCGCGUGUUGCCACAAACCUGCUGAAGACUGCACCGCCUACUACUACUGUGACGAGAAUCAUUCAUUGAGCUACCACAAAUGUUCAGAAGGACUCGUGUUUCACCCUGACCUCGACACGUGUGUUUUUGCUGGCAUGUACCCAGAAUGUGUCAUCACCGAGCCACCGGUCUGCCACUGCGACUGCUUCUAUCCCGCUGAAGUCUGCUCCUCUUAUUACUACUGUAAUGAAGGAGUCCCAGUCAAGCUAGACUGUCCCGAUGGUUUGUACUGGAACCAAGACAAGAAAUCGUGCGAUUUGCCUGAAUACGUCAAUGGCAACUGUGUUCCUCCAUCAACACAUGCACCUAUUACAACAACCACCACAACUAAAAAACCAGCGCCGAGCACAACUCCCGUUACUUCUCGCCCCACAACGUCCUCGCCGUUCACCUGUGUGGACUGUUCUACAGGCCAGCAGUUCUUCGAGCACCCUACUGACUGCAGGAAGUAUAUCCAGUGCACACCUUUUGGACCACAGGAGAUGCCUUGCCCAGAACACAAGGUCUGGGAUCAGAGUAUCCUCACCUGUAACUAUGAAACGACCACACCCUGUGUCACUGGAAACCACGUGGAUUCCAAUGGCAACUGCGUUCAUCCGACAACUAGAACUUCCACUACCACGACCACCACCACCACAACCACCACCAAGGCCCCAGUCACAACACCAGGUGGCUCUGAGUGUGACAUUACUUGCCCCACUCCGCAAGGACUUUUCCCACACCCUCAGAAUUGCAACAAAUGGGUACACUGUGACCAUAACAUCCCUUAUGUGAAGGAUUGUCCUGCUGGUCUACACUUCAAUCCACAACUGAAGGUGUGCGACUGGCCACAGUCAGCGGGUUGCACCUCUGGACCAGACCACACCUGUGAGAUUCCAACGCCCUUCCCAACCACACCAGCCCCCAAUGCCAAAGAGCCCACCUCCAGUCCUAUGUGUGACUGCGCGUGCUGCCACAAACCUGCAGACGACUGCACCGCCUACUACUACUGUGAUGAGGACCAGUCACUGAGCUACCGCAAGUGUUCGGAGGGACUCGUGUUCCAUCCUGACUUCGACACGUGUGUGUAUGCUGACAUGUACCCGCAAUGUAUCGUCACCGAGCCACCACCAGUCUGUCUCUGCGAUUGCUACUAUCCUUCUGCAGUCUGCUCCUCCUAUUAUCACUGGGCAGGCCGGACUGACCAACGCAGAGUCUUCGACUGCCUCAGAGCAACAGGACAAAGGAUGGCACAGAAGUUUAGCCUCAGCGGGGUGCUUCCGGCACUCUGCCUCCUCCUGCUGGCUGUCUACGCCCAAGGUCUACAGGUGUGCCCAAGUCUCUCCUGCCCGACUCCAGCCGGCUUUUUUGCCCACCCAACGAACUGCGACAGUUACGUGAAGUGUUCGCAUGGAGUCGUUACCAUCAAGCAGUGCCCGGAAGGCCUUGACUUCAACCCGGAAUUGAGGCGCUGCGACUAUCCCCGACUCGCGCAGUGCAACAUCACAGCGCGGCUGGUGGAGUCUGGGUGUUCCCUCAAAACCAGUGACCCAAAAACACGCCUCAAGCUCGACUUGUUCGACUCCUCGGAGUCCUCAGACUCCUCAGACUCCUCAGAGUCCUCAGAGUCCUCAGGGUCCUCGGAGUCGUCAGUGGAGUGUGACUGUGACUGUUGCCUCAAACCCCACGACGUGUGCACCAAAUACUACGAGUGUGUUCAGAGCGGCGAAGCUGUUGUGAGGGAGUGUUCAGAUGGGCUGGUAUUCAAUCCUCACAUUGAGAACUGCGACUUCCCGAGCAACUACCAGUGUCCUACGACCCCGCCCGUGUGUGAGUGUGACUGUCGCUACCCCGUGGAGGGUGAAUGCAACGCUUUCUACGAUUGCAAGGACGGAGAGCCAGAGAAGAAAUACUGCCCUGACGGUCUCUUCUUCAACCCUGAAACCAAUGUCUGCGGCCUGCACUGCCAUCAAACCACGCCGCGCCCUCCAACAACCACCACCACCACCACCACCACUCCUGAACCCACCACCACCACCACCACCACCACCACUCCUGAACCUACCACCACCACCACUACUACUACCACACCUGAGCCAACCACCACGACUACCACCACUACCACACCUGAGCCAACCACCACGACUACCACCACUACCACACCUGAACCAACCACUACGACUACCACCACUACCACACCUGAGCCAACCACCACGACUACCACCACUACCACACCUGAGCCAACCACCACGACUACCACCACUACCACACCUGAACCAACCACCACGACUACCACCACUACCACACCUGAGCCAACCACCACGACUACCACUACUACGACACCUGAGCCAACCACCACGACUACCACCACUACCACACCUGAGCCAACCACCACGACUACCACCACUACCACACCUGAACCAACCACCACGACUACCACCACUACCACACCUGAACCAACCACCACGACUACCACCACUACCACACCUGAACCAACCACCACGACUACUACCACCACACCUCCACCUCCUCCUCCUACCACUACUACUACCACCACAACCACACCUAAACCCAUCACUACCACUACGGUGUCACCAUUCCCAUGCGUGGAUUGCUCCGGAGGCCAGCAGUACUUCCCUCAUCCCACAGACUGCAGGAAGUUUAUCCAGUGCGCCCCUUACGGGCCACAGGAAAUGCCAUGUGCCGAGGGCACCAUUUGGAACCAGUGGCUCCUCACCUGUGACCACGAAGACAUUACACCUUGUGUCACCGGCAGCUACGUGGGUCCCGAUGGCAACUGUGUUCAUCCCGUCAUCACCACACCUAAAACCACCACUACCACCACCACCACCAUCACCACCAAGGCCCCAGUCACAACACCUGAUGGCUCUGUGUGUGACGUUGCUUGCCCCGCUGCGCAAGGACUCUUCCCACACCCUCAGAAGUGUGGUAAAUGGGUUCACUGUGACCAUAACAUCCCUUACGUGAAGGACUGCCCCGCUGGUCUACACUUCAACCCACGACUGAAGGUGUGCGACUGGCCACAGUCAGCGGGCUGCACCUCUGGACCAGACCACAUCUGUGAGAUUCCCACACCCGUCCCAACCACACCAGCCCCCAAUGCCACAGAGCCCACCGCCAGCCCUAUGUGUGACUGCGCGUGCUGCCACAAACCUGCAGACGACUGCACCGCCUACUACUACUGUGAUGAGGACCAGUCACUGAGCUACCACAAGUGUUCGGAGGGACUCGUGUUCCACCCUGACUUCGACACGUGUGUGUAUGCUGACAUGUACCCGCAAUGUAUCGUCACCGAGCCACCACCAGUCUGUCUAUGCGACUGCUACUAUCCCUCUGAAGUCUGCUCCUCCUAUUAUCACUGCGAUGAAGGAGUCCCAGUCAAGCUGGACUGUCCCGAGGGCUUGUACUGGAACCAAGACAAGAAGUCGUGCGAUCUGCCCCAGUUCGUGAACUGCACCAUGCCCAUCCGGCGUCGUCCCCACCACUAGCCAAAGAUUCUAACGAACCGAAUUCAGGAGCACCAGUAAGACCUACAUGACAUGAAAUGACUCCCUUCAUGCAGUAAUUUUCACAAUUGGUUUCAUUGCCAUCCAGUGCAGUUUCCGCAUACUGGACGUCGCCAGGAAAGCCUGAGGAUCCAGGACAUUCACUCUCCAUGCACCUCUUCUCUCUCCACCUAGCCGUCUGACGUUGUUAAGAAAAGUGAUCUUGUAGUUCUUCACUAUGAUGACAUUAUGACGAGUUUUCACUGAAUAUAAGGAGAAUAUGUAUGAACAGGAGUUUAUAAGGUUAUUUGUAUUUUUCAUUGUUCAGUUAUACUGAUAUAUCAUAAAGAAUUGUUUCUGAAUUGCAAGUUGUCAAUUCUUCUUCAUAAUUUUAUUAAAUAUUAUUAAAUAAAUUUCAGCAAU